AUGGACUCUAAGCUUUCUGCUUUUCAAAAGAGCGACACGCGAAAGCUCUAUGCUCUUACAGACCUUCUUUUCAAAGAUGGUGUCUUCAACUGCUAUUUAACUUCGCAGCAGUUCAAUCUGCUUGAUUUGAUCUUACAUAGAUUCAAGGAUGCAAAAGUCAGGAUCAGACUCUGGGAUGCCUUCAUUAACAACAACCUUUUCUUGGAAUUCGAGCAGGGACCCAGUUUGGCAGACAAAGAAGUCGAAGAUAUGUCUUCCACCGGGACAGAGGAAAUAUAUUUGAAACAAGGCACAAAAUCCACGAGGAACCUCUGCGCUACGAUACGAUAUCUACUAUACGAAAAGGCUGUCGAUUACUACUUUGGCGACGAAAAGGAUCAAGACACAAGGUUUGCUGCCUUUGAUAUCCUGGAAGAGAGCGACGACGACGAGCACUUCGAGGAUGCCGAAGAGAAGCCACUAUUUCCCCAGACAUCGUCAAAUAACGCUACAAGGAACGAAGAAGAUGACUAUGACGACGAUGACGAGGAUGAUGAGGCCAAUGAAAAGCAACAAGAGCCGAAUAGCGAUCGACAUGUGUCCGAGAGCGACGUCGUCGAAGUCAACGAUUCGGCUGACAAAGACACAACAGUCAAAGUGGAUAGAUAUCGUGAACAUCCCGAACAAGGGGAGCUCGAGGAAAAUGAGCAAGGCCAGCUCAAAUUCGUGGUCAAUGCACAACUGUUGCUUGCGCGGCCCGAAUUUCCAUCCACCGCCGAAUCUGUGAGUUCGGCUGACGAAGCUAUUGGUUCAAUGGUGCAUCCAAUUUUAGGCACAGCGUCUGCUAUUGAGUCGAAUUUUGAAAGACAAAACGAGCUCAAGCUCAUCAAAAACUUUAACAAGGUGUAUCACAGCUUUGAGAACGAUCUCCCAAAUAUUGUCAAACGACGGAAGCUUGAGCGCAGUGACAAGGCCCUCGAGCUCAACGACACGAAAGAUCAUGCCGGCAGCGACAAUGAAAAUGCGGGCAACGACAACGAGGACUCUCAACACGUCAACAAGCUGAUGGGGCUUGGCGGCGCUGCCAAUCUUUCGCUCAAGAACCUUCUUGCACGGAUCGAAGAAAAUCGCGAUAAACUGAAUCUCACGGAUUUGGAGCUCAAAAAUUUAAUCAUGGACGUGCGGAAGAACCGCUCGAAAUGGGCGAGCUACAACCGCAUUGGCCAGGAAGAGCUCUACGAAGCCUGUGAAAAGGUUGUUUUGGAAUUGAGGGGCUACACGGAGCACUCCAUUGCUUUCUUAAACCGUGUGUCUAAGAGAGAGGCACCAAACUAUUACCAGAUUAUCAAGAAGCCAAUGGAUCUGAACACUGUGAUGAAGAAGCUGAAGAACUUCCAAUACAACAGCAAGACCGAAUUUGUGGACGAUUUGAUGCUGAUCUGGAAGAACUGUCUCACUUACAACUCAGAUCCCAACCACUUUUUAAGGGCAGACGCAAUUGCCAUGCAGAAAAAGACGCUGUCUUUGAUACCACUGAUUCCCGACAUCGUGAUCAGAGAUCGAGCAGAAGUGGAAAAAGAAGCAGCAGCAGCCGCCCAGCAAAAUGAAGCCGAGGACGCACAGGAGAAACCUGGUUUCAUUUCAAGCAGGGGUGUUGGCGGAUCAUCCACGAGCGCAAAAAAGUCCAAGAAAAGCAGGAAGGGAUUACAGGAGGACGACAACAAUGAGCCGCCAGCGGCAUCCGACUCGCCUACGGGGGGAAGCGCCGCGAAUAAAGACGUAAAUGCCUUGGUUGGGGACCAAACGACAGAGCAAAACGAAAACGAAUCUCCCCAACCCCAGGGUGCCAGCAACCCUUCAGUCGCGCAAUCCAAUGUUUCGACACCACUCGUUUCUGCAGCAAGUGAAGAAAAGACGGGAGACAGGGAAGGAACAGCGAAUCCCGAAGACGACGACAACGAAGAUGAUGCGACAGCUAUGAUGGAAGACAGACAAGCACAGGAGCAACAGAAUGACCGAAAUGAGGACGAGGAUAACGAAGACCUGGAAAUGUCCACGUGGAGAACACUUACUUCCAACACGCGAUACAAAUUAUGCCAGCAGAGAUCCAACCUGUUCAAGGGUGGAAAAAUACAGCCGAACGAAGAAGCAUUACUAAGAGACCCUCUUCAAAUGUCCAAUUUCAGCAACUAUCUGGACGACUUCUCCAAAGUUGUGCUUCACAGAAAUCGACAGUAUUUUGAUGAAAACGAUGAUCCCUAUUUGAUCGAAUACGACAUAGGCGGAGGUAUUCCAUCUUUGAAAUAUAAAGGGCCUGACUAUGAUGCCAUAGAGAACGAUAUUCUUUCCGAUAUGAUGAAACAAGGCAAGUCGUUAGAUGAGCUCCCGGAGUCGCGGUUUUCCAUAAAAAUGAAAGGGAGCAACUCAGUAAUAUACAAGAACAUUGACCUGAUGCAGGAUAUCAGAAAAGUGUGUUUCAAGAUCAACAUUAUUCGACAAAUGCAAACAUCGCAAUUUAUACACCAGUCUCAGUACCAUGCUCCUGAUAUAGAGCGAAUCAGGCCUGAAGACAUUGACCCGCUGUCGAAGCUGCCUACGAGAGACCAUCUGAUGCCCCAGGUCGCUUACGCCGCGCUCGAGCGGUCCGUGAGCACCAUCAUUAUGGCCAACGGUUUUGAGACAACAAACCCUACUUGCGUGACAACUGUGACUCAAUUGGCAGAGCAGUAUUUUGGCAAUCUCGUCAAGUCUCUCAAGAUGAACAUGGAAUCCAACUCCAUUAACAAGCUUCCCUUAAGAAGCAAGAGGCCGAUGAGUUUCAAGGAUAUUCUUCUCAUCUCACUUCAGGAGAAUGGGAUCGAAAAGCCCGACAUCCUGUAUUCUCAUUACAAGGAGCAUUUAACCAAGCAGAACAAGAAACUGACCGACCUCAAGUACAAGCUUGAAGGGUUCCUCAGAGACUUAUUGCGGCCAGGAAUUCAGGAGAUAACUGAGAACCAGUUUACUGAUGAUUCGGAGCAAUUUCUUAAUGGUGACUUUUCUAAUGAAAUCGGGGAAGACUUCUUUGGGUUCAAAGAGCUCGGACUUGACAAAGAGUUCAAUCUGCUUACAUCAACCAUUCCUCUUCACUUGCUUCAUUCCAAACUGUCGAACCAGCUCAGUCAUCUUGACUCUAAAUCGAAAAAAGCAAAGUACGAAGAUUUCCAAGAGGUCCAAUUCCCAAAGUUGCGCAAGCGGGACUUGUCGUCUCAAAUUGGUCUUCUAAAACCUUUCUACGAGGACCUGUUAUCCAAAUCAAGAGCAGCGUAUGCUAAACAGUUGAAGAAACAUAGACAGUCAUUGGGAAUUUCUGACCCAGAGGGCCAUCAUGCUGCUUCAAAUGGCACCCCGAACGCCCCAGAAAGUGGCCCUGCGCCAAGCGGAAGCGAGCCACCAUCCACUUUCGUGGAAAUUGAGGAUCCUGAGGAUUUGGUGAUCUUGGAGGACGACGACCUGCCGUUGAAACAGCGCAACAAUCGGCCGAAGGUUCCUCCGAACGGAAGAAUUACACAGGUCAAGCGUAAACUCAUCAAUAACGCAUUUUUCCUGGAUGCUCAAGACUUGAGGGAGCAACGACCACAGAUUAGCUCAGCAGAUCCUCGUACGAGCAUAACUGAAAACACCCAACCCAAGGCAUGGAGUCUGGAUAUCCCCAAAACCAACGAGAAGCUCCCGGAAACCGGGCCAGCCGCUUAG